AUGAGCACCCAGACAAAUACAUCGGAUUCGGUUCCGCCGCCACCGCGUCCGAUUCGUUUUGUACAUAAUCAAGGACAACCGCCUUCUAAGCGGCGCAGAAUCAACGCUGCAACUAGUCGCAUGACUCUCUGGCUUCCACAAUAUAUCGUCUUCUGGUCUCUACUUCCUGUUACCCAAUCCCCGACUCUUCCUCGACCCAAUUGCCAGGUGCUAACCCCUUUGCGGCUCAGGUGUUUGACCUGUCGAAAACGAAAGACGAGAUGCGCUGGCGAACGACCUGUUUGCUCUACCUGUACCAAGAACGGCCAUCAAUGUCUAGGAUACCCUGAGGAAAUCAAGAGGGAGGAUUGUGAGAAACCAUCGCCGUUGGAUAAGCAGGCCCACGAACGAGACGAGCACGAGCCCCGCCACUACCAUGAUGAGAAUAUCAAGAUCGAGAAGGCGUCUGUGUCAGCACAGCACGCGCCUGAAACCCCAAAUUCACAUGCAGCUGCAGGGACGACAAUGUCGCUCGCGAACAUGAUCGAUCCAAAGGUUGAAGACCGCGAAACCCCGAAUGCGACUGCGCAAAAUGGCCACCACCCUUCCACUCUACCAACCUCUCCUACUGCUGUGCGACGCUCCGAAAGUCACCGCGUACCCUAUUUCCGAUAUUUCGGCCCAACUGCUAUCGUACCUGGUUUUAAACAAAUGGUUGUUUCUGUGCGCGAUCGCCGGCGCUCGACUGCUGGUUCACUGGCUGGGACAUCGCCGAUAUCAACGCAUAGCGGACCGCAAGGAAGCAGUUCAGCUGUUGGGAGCGAUGUGGUCAGCGAGGAACUACCUACCUAUGAUCCCAACGAUCCUGCUCCAGUUCACCCAUUGAUAAUUAGUCUCAUCAACACCUUCUUCGUGCAAAUGGGCUCCAGUUACCCAUUCCUUCGACAAUCAAAGUUCUUACGGAUGGUGAAAGAAAAGAGGGUUGAACCGAUUCUGGUUGACUCAAUAUGCGCCUUGGCCGCCAGAUUCUCCGACUCACCAAUUCUUACAAACGGAAACGACAAAAUGCCAAGGAUGGAAAGGGGUGCAGUCUUUGCGCAAAGAGCCAGGCAGGCCACUGUUGAUACGUUCCCAUGUCCGACUGUUGGUGCUGUGCAAGCUUGUCUUCUCAUGGCUUAUGAGGGUUUCGGAGCGAGCCAGGACAGUGCUCUGUGGAUGUAUCUUGGGCUUGCUAUCCGUAUGGCCGUCGACCUGGGGUUGCAAAAAGAGGUGGGAGUUCAGUAUCACGGUGAGAAGGAUGCUUUGUAUUCUCAGAACUGGGGCCGCCAUCCGAUUGACGAAGGAAGCUCCGAGGCGAAAGGAGGUGAAUCGAGUCAGCUGAGUGCUCAAGAGCAAAAAGAGCUCGUACAAGAAAGGAUGGAUACGUUUUGGGCAGUUUUUAUCCUUGACCGUGUCAUCUCAUCAGGGACGGGACGACCUGUCACAUUUCGAGAUGAUGACUUGGAGCUUUCAUUCCCAGAGCCUUUCAUCGACCCAGCGACUGGUUGGCCAGCUCCCUAUCCGAUCUUUCUCCAAAUAAUCCACCUCUACGGGCGUGUAUGCGACGUCCUCAACAAGAUUCGCAAUGCGCAGGAUCUCACCAAGGACACAUGGGACAAGCUUGGUGAGAUGGAGCAUGAGCUGACCAGGCUCUACAAGAGUUGGGACUGGCGGCUACAGUUCAAUGUAAACAACUUCAAAGCGUAUUUGGGAGCAGGCCAGGGCACCACAUUCAUCCUGCUGCACUUCUGGUUUCAUGCUCUCUUCAUCAUCCUUCACCAGCCGACUCUCCUUACACCCUUUGCUGAACUCCGCAGUGAGUUGCAACUCCUACCAGACAGUCGCGAGCUCAGCAUGAGCAGCGCAAAAACGAUUUGCGACAUUUUGUCUUUUGCAGACUUGAUAGACUCCAAGAGCUUCAUUGGAAAUCCUUUUGUCAGUCAGCCAAUCUACAUUGCAGCUUGCGCCUUCGUGAUGGAGUCAAGCGCAAACGCAUCGAGCUCGCCUUCACGGGCCAACUCACCCCCAGGUGCACAGCAUCCGGACGCUUCAGGAAGCAAUAAACCUCGAGAGGCCAAAUCAUCAAGACACUCCCUAUUGGCUUCGGCAGCAAACCAGAACUACCAAAAGUGCUUUAAUUCUCUGCAACAAGUGCAAAUGUACUGGGGUGGAGCUACCUACAUCAUCACUGCAUUGGACCAGAGGGCCAAGGGAAUAUGGGAUUGCGAAACGUACACAGCAGAAGAGUAUGAGAGCACUAAAGCUGGACGCAAGAGUAGCAGUGGUGCAUUGAACAAUCCGUUCCCCAAAUUUGAGAACAAGGCAUCACCAAGGAUGUCAGGUCCGCCUAUAGCAUGGACUCUGGCAGGAACUGCCAACUCUCCAAACUCGAGCCUGACACUCAUGUAUCAGAACCGAGACUCGACGCCAGGAACUGGAGCUCAAACUUCACAGCCGACACGAGCUCCUAGUACACCACCUGGCAAUAUGAUAUUUGACCCUAUUCGACAGAGUUUACCAGACUCAGCGGGCAUGCUUGCGCCAACUUAUCCCCAGCCCAAUGUUUCAGCUGUGCGGCAAUCGUCCCGCCCAAUUGUGCCUCGUCGAACUUCGAACCUUUCAGCGACGAGUACGCAAACUCGUCCUACUGUUCAGUUCGACGGGUUGCCUGAGGACUGUGAGGCCAAUGACAUUUACACCACUGGGUCGAGGUUUACACCGACAAAUCCACCUUCUACUGCUUUUGAUACAUACAGUGUCUCGCCACCAACAGCGAUGGCUGACAAUGGUGUGAACCCCACCACGACUCUUUCAGGGGCAAACGCCAUGUAUUUUGGCCAAACGAGUUUCCCAUAUGCGAUGCCCUGGGGAAAUAUGGGUAGCAUGGACGGCAUCACCUUCGACAGCCAGGAUAUAGACAUUGCUGCUUUGGGGCUGCAGCAAUCAGACAUGAUGGGGCCUUGGUUAGACUAUAUACCUUCAGAUGUGUUGAGCCUAUUUGAGCACCAGCAUCCGCACAUGGGUCAGGGCGGUCAUUAAUUCGGCGGACUUAUAUAAUAGAUCUGAGCAUAUCAAAUCGCAUAUACCCACGAGGGAUGGCUCGGUAUAUUUAUGAGGCGUAUUUGGUACGCAUAUAUGGCGUUUGGUGGGAGCAAUAAAAUAGGGAUAAUAUGUUAUACCAAGUUUCCUAAGUUUGAGCUUGGCGCAGUAGGUGUAUGGAUAUAGGCUUGGCUUUUAAU